AUGGCUUCGUAUGCUCCCAGCGCCUCUUCAUCCGAUAUCUCAACGCCUCGGUCAACAUCCCCCUCAUCGUCCUCAGUAGCGUCGGCCCGGUCCUCGCACUCAUCUAUAUCUACCUCUAAGCGCAUGUCCAUCUCGUCUUCGCGCAGAAUAUCCGCCGCCAACCCAAUGUCGUCUGUUGACAUAGCUGCCAUCGAAGAAGCCAUGAGAAUGGCCAACCUCGACACCCUCCGGGGUUACCAGCAAAAGACCUACGGCGAAGUCAAGCAGUUCGCCGAGACGCAGUACCUCUCCCAGAACCAGGCUCUUGGUUACCAGGUCAUCAACGAGCCCAUGUGGAAUAAGGGCCUCUCUUUUACCCCAGAGCAGCGUAUCGCCAAGAACCUCACCGGUCUUAUCCCACACGUCAUGGAGGACUCGGGCAAGCAGUGCGAGCGUGCGCUCAAGAUGAUCCGGACUCGCCAGACCAACAUUGACCGCUAUCUCUAUCUGUCGUCGCUCAAGUACCAGAACGCCGACCUCUUUUACCGCCUGCUCAUCGACAAUGCGAAGGAGCUCAUGCCUCUGGUGUACACUCCCACCAUUGGUGACGUGUGUCUUCAGUAUUCUACUCUCUACACCCGCCCCGAGGCGCUCUACAUCUCCAUCAAGCAGCGCAAGUCGAUAAAGACGAUCCUCAAGAACUGGCCAUAUCCAAAUCCCGAGAUCUGCGUCGUGACAGACGGGUCUCGCAUCCUGGGCCUGGGCGAUCUGGGCGUCAAUGGCGUUGGCAUUCCGAUCGGCAAGCUAGCCCUGUACACGGCGGCGGCGGGUAUCCACCCGGAUAAGACGCUCCCAAUCGUUCUCGACUGCGGAACGGCCAACGAGACCAACCUCAAGGAUCCGCUGUACCUGGGUCUGCGCUCGAAGCGGCCCUCGGUGGCCGAGCAGCAGGAGUUUAUGGACGAGUUCAUGACUGCCGCUGCCGAGGUCUAUCCUGAAAUGGUGGUGCAGUUUGAGGAUUUCGAGUCAGAAAAGGCCUUCAACUACCUGGACCGGUAUCGGAACAAGUACAAGUGCUUCAAUGACGACAUCCAGGGCACUGGCGCUGUUGUUCUCGGAGGCUACAUUGGUGCCGUGAAUCUUUCCGGCGUUCCUCUCGAGGAGCAGCGCCUCGUCUUCAUGGGCGCUGGCUCUGCCGGUGUCGGUGUCGCCAAGCAGCUUGUAGAGUACUACACCAAGCGUGGUCUCUCCGAGCAGGCGGCCAAGGACAAGUUCUGGCUUGUCGACACCAAGGGCCUCGUGACCAAGGACCGCGGUGACAAGCUCGCCGAGCACAAGAAGUACUUUGCUCGCGGCGACAACAACGGCCUCCAGUUCAAGUCUCUUGAGGAGGUUAUCGAGUACGUCAAGCCGACCGCUCUUGUUGGCUUGACUGCCACCUUUGGCGUCUUCACCGAGUCUGUCGUCCGCGCCCUCAAGGCUUCUGUGGACGCCGGUGGUCUCGGCCGCAGACCCAUUCUCUUCCCUCUCAGCAACCCCCUCACCAAGGCCGAGUGCACUUUCGAGCAGGCCGUCACCUGGACUGAUGGCACCGUCAUCUUUGCCUCUGGCUCUCCCUUUUCUCAGUUCACCAUCAAGCUCGGCAGCGACCAGGCCAUCACCUACUACCCCAACCAGGGCAACAACGUCUAUGUCUUCCCUGGCAUCGGCCUCGGCGCCAUCCUCGCCAAGGCCACCCGUGUCACCGACAACAUGAUCUACACCUCUGCUGCUGCCCUUGCCGGUUCCCUGAACGCCGAGGAGGUGCACAAGGGUCUGAUCUACCCCCGCAUUGAGCGCGUGCGUGAUGCCAGCGUGAUUGUUGCCCGCGAGGUGAUGAAGGCUGCGCGUCGGGAUGGUGUGAGUGCCCUGCCCGAGGAGCAAUGGCUUACCUGGGAGGAGUGGGGUGACCCGGCUCUUGAUAAGUAUAUCAAGGAGCAUAUUUAUGACCCUGCUCUUUAAGUGUUUGUUUUUCGGGGAGGGGCGGGUAUUGAAAUUGGGAGUCUAUAAUGACUGGAUGAAGCUGGGUUGGGAGAGAGGGAGGGGGAGUGCAUUACUGGCGUUGUUUACUUUCAGGGAAGGACUUAGCUUAGCCUUUUUUUUUCUUUUCUGUUUUCUUUGCUUUUGCUUGCCCCUUGGUAUGAGCAUUGCGGGGAUUAUAAUGGGCUUCUUUUUUUUUGCGGUUAUCUCUUUUUCUAAUGAAUGAUAUCCCAACGAAGAGUUGAGGAGACCCAAGUUUCACACACAAGAUUUGGUUUUUGGAUGGACUACAAUGGAUGGCAGAAUGCAUGGAAAACGGGAGGUUUCUGAGGCAAGACAAGACAAGACAAGACAAGAUUACAGUUGUUGGAUGUGGCGGUGUCAAGUGAGCGUGCAAGCGCGGAAUAGAUAAAAAGAGGGAGGAAUCCAAAUACAUAUACUACUUGUUAGAAUGAGAAUGAAAUGGGGGAGAGCGGUUUGUGUCGAGAUUGUUGAUGCUUGAUAGGAGAGGUGAAUGAUUUGGUGUGCAGUUGUUGUUAGCAUAUGAUGUGUUGUUGCCGUUGUGUGUCUGAUAGGUGAACCUAUAACCAUCACCGCAGUACCCUUUUAUAACACCUGAGUGCUGUCCACCCUCUCACGUCAACAUUCUCAUAAAUCUCUCUCUCUCACAACACCAUCCCAUCCCAUGGUUAAACCGCCCCCAAAGUCCCCAACCUCCCCCCAAAGUUACCUCCAUAAAGCCUCCUAACCUCCACCCCCUUCUCCCCAUUGUAUCCCCCCCCUCCUCCCUCCUCGUUAAACUCAUCCAUUAUGAAAGCAUGCAGCAGUUUGAUCUCGGGCAUUCUUUUCAGUUCCUCCCUGACCCAGCCGUUUUCCUGCCGGGUGACUUCGCCGUCGUAGAACAGCAGGUCCUCGGAGUCGAUGAUCUCCGAGAGGGCGAAGGUGAGAGGAAAAAGUUUGGAGCGGUAGAUGAGCCAGAGCGUCUCGAGGCCUUCGAGCCGGAAGGUGGUGUUGUUGAGGAGGGGGGAGCAGAAGGGGUUUUUGGAGACGAGGGAGUAGUGGUGGGCGGUCCAGACUUGGUGUGGGGGAGAACCUGGGGGGAAGAGGGAGGCGAUGGAGAGGGUGGAGGAGGGGGAU